CCGGCGCCUCGGCCAUGUCCAAGUACGUCGACGCCCUGUGGCCCGGCGCGCUGCCCGACUCCUCCCCUUCCGGCUCCCACUCGGACCCGUCCAGCCGCCGCACUUCCGGGUCCCGCAGUCGCUCGUCGUCUUCCCGCGGCUCCGGCGCCAGUCGCGCUUCGUCCGGGGACCGGCGGCGCCCGCGGCGGAGGGACGGCAGCCGGUCGCGCUCGCGGACGAGCCGGCGCAAGUACCGGCGCUCCUCGCGCUCCUCCUCGCGGAGCCGCUCGCGGGCCCGUCGCCGCCGCUCCCGCCGUUCCGCUUCCCGCCGGCGGGCUUCCCGCGCUCCUCCGCGGCGGGGCUGGGGCCGCAGUCGCUCCCGAUCCCGCUCCCGAUCCCGUUCCCGGGGACGCUCGUUCGCGCGGCGGGCGUUCGCGGGGCCGCGGGGCCGGCGCUUCUAUGGCUUCGGGCGCACCGGGUACCCCGAGGCGCGGUGGAGCUGGCGCGGGAGGUCCCGGUCCCGGACGCGGUCGCGCAGCCCGACGCCCUUGCGCCUCAGCGAGAAAGAUCGAAUGGAGCUGUUAGAAAUAGCAAAAGCCAAUGCAGCUAAAGCUUUAGGAACAGCCAACCUUGAUUUGCCAUCCAGUCUCAGAAAUGUUUCCUUAUCUAAAACAAACCUUGGAUUAGCUGUACCAAAUGGUGCAAAGUUUGAGCUGUCGGAAAAGCUAACUGAAGAUGAAACUAAAAACCACAGUGAAAAGUCUUCACAGCAAAAAAGCAUAGCUUUUAGUUCUAAUAAUUCUGUAGCAAAGCCAAUUCUUCAGAAACAAGCUCAAGUUACCACUGAUGAAAGCUCUUCAGGAUCUCCCAAAAUAGAUAAGAAAAAAAGUCCAUAUGGAUUGUGGAUACCUGUAUAAAAAGAAAACCUAGCACAGGUUUCCUGAAAUGCACUUUAAUUACAAGUUUGUGUUCUUGGCAUUAUUCCACUUACGUGAACCAUGUAGCAAAAUACUUGCAAAAUACUUCAACACAAAAAAGGUACUUAGAAUUGAUAUGUUAGAUUUCUCUUAUGGAUAGAGAUAGCACAAAUGGACCAGAAGUUACAUACAGGUGGAAGUCUUGUGUAUAUUUUAUAUAUAUGUGUAUGCAUACACAUACGUGCAUUUGUAAAUAUUUUAAUGAUUAUGUAAAAUGAAAUUUAUAGACCAUGGUAUUUAACUGAUUAUAAAUUUCUGGUUUUUAAAAUUCUUAUUUAAAUGCAUAUAUUACAUAAUGAACCUUUAUAAAGAAUAAAGACAUCUUUUGUGUGAA